UAAACGUUUUUUGUUUUGCCAGCGCAUGCGCAGUAGCUGUUGCGGCCGAAGUCUCUGGAAUAAAACUGACGGUCGGGGAUGUUUAUUUUCUUUAUUAUAAAUGAUCGUAAACUUUCCGGAUUAGUUUGAAUUAUUUCUCAUAGACAGACGCCGGAGUAGGAGCUCCAGUGGUGGACGUCGUCACUCAGAGGAACCGGAAAUAGAAACAAAUAAAAGCGACUUGAUCAUCAUCAUUAUUAUUAUUAUUGUAGAAGGUCGGAGAGGCUGGGAGGCGCGCACGCGCUCAGCAGAUCUAUUCAGAGUUAAACCUCGAGCACAAGCUCCAUGAUGGAGUACUACCAUGUCCUAGGUGUACGCAAAGACGCCUCUCCAGACGACAUAAAGAAAGCGUACAGAAAAUUGGCCUUAAAAUGGCACCCAGAUAAAAAUCCAGACAACAAAGAAGAGGCUGAGAGGCGAUUUAAAGAGAUCUCUGAAGCUUAUGAAGUCCUGUCAGAUGACGACAAGCGCAGUUUAUACGACAGAUAUGGCAAAGACGCCCUGUCUGGAGGAGGAAGGCGAGGAGGACAUUAUGAUGACCAUUUUGGUGGCGUGUUCACAUUCCGUAACCCUGAAGAUGUCUUCAGGGAAUUCUUUGGAGGCAGAGAUCCAUUUGCAGAUUUCUUCGGAGACGACCCCUUCGACCCGUUCGACGAUUUCUUCGGGUUCGGUCCUGGUCGGAGGCAGCGAGGCACGAGGAAUCGAGCCGGGGGCUCCUUCUUUCCCGGAUUUGGGGGAUUCCCUCCGUUCGGGGGUGGCUUCUCAGGAUUUGACUCAGGUUUCAUGCCUAUCGGCCCAAUGGGUGGAGGAAACUUCACCUCUUUCUCUUCGUCAUCGUUCGGAGGGGAGGAGGAGGAGGAGGAGAGGAUGGGAAAUUUCCGCUCGGUCUCCACGUCUACCAAAUUCAUCAACGGGAGGAGAAUCACCACCAAACGCAUCGUGGAGAACGGGCAGGAGCGUGUGGAGGUCGAGGAAGACGGCCAGCUGAAGUCUCUGACGGUCAACGAUAUCAGCACUCCGAGCGCCCUGCCAGGCCCCGCCCCCCACUCCCGGUACCUUAGAAACACCACAGAUGAGGAUGAUGGAGAAAGAGGAAGCUCAAGAGGAUUUUUUGAAAACAGAAGGAAGAAACACUGGCGAGCAGAAACGGAAAACAGAAAGAAGAUGAAUCCUCGUCUGGCACCAAGGAUCGGCUCCUGGUUCUGAACCUUCAAUCCAGCAGAGAUAAUAGAAAUACAGGUGGAGAGUGUGAAUUAUAAUCUAAUAUAGUGUUCCUUACAAAAGUCAGAAAGCCUUCAUAUUUCUUUCUAAGGAAAUUUUCUUAGAAUUCUGGCCACUUAGACACUCUGAUAUAAUCAGUGCAAAUGCAGACUUUUAUUUUUAUUAUUAUAUAUUUUUUAAGUGAAAUUCUAAAAAGAAACUAGGCAUAGAUGUUUAGUCGAUUUCCAGAUAAAGUGCAACAGUUCGUAAUCAUGAGAGCGAGAUUUUAUUUACUACACAGACAUAUUUGUGGACACCUUAUUGUCAUAAAAUGUGCUUUAUAAGCAACCGGUUCCACAUUUUAGUUCCCAUUUGCUGUUAUAAUAAGUUCCACUUCUCUGGGAAGAUGU